CCAGCGCUUGGAGCACACGUGCAAUAAGUUAUUAAUGCGAAUAAAUGAAGCCCAGGAAAAAGAUCGCCGUUGGCCUCAGCCGUGAGGAACGAAAAGUUCUAGUAAUUGGCGAAAUAAUUCAGGAACUACUGCAGGCGCACGAAGCCAAAAAAGAUGUGAACCUCAAUCGUAUGAAAUCGCUUAUUUCAUCCAAAUAUGGACUCGAGAGCUCACCGCGGCUCGUAGACAUCAUAGCGGCGGUGCCCCAGGAUGCCAAAAAGAUUUUGCUACCUAAGCUGAGAGCAAAACCCAUUCGCACGGCGAGUGGCAUUGCUGUUGUUGCAGUUAUGUGCAAGCCUCAUCGCUGUCCGCACAUUAAUAUGACGGGCAAUAUUUGCGUGUAUUGUCCAGGCGGUCCCGACAGCGAUUUUGAGUACUCGACACAGUCCUACACGGGGUAUGAGCCAACGUCCAUGCGCGCCAUACGGGCCCGCUACGACCCCUUCCUGCAGACACGCCAUCGUGUGGAGCAACUAAAGCAGCUGGGUCACUCGGUUGACAAGGUGGAGUUUAUUGUCAUGGGCGGAACUUUUAUGUGCCUACCGGAAGAAUAUCGAGAUUAUUUUAUACGUAAUCUACAUGAUGCUCUCUCUGGUCAUAGCAGCGCAAAUGUGGCUGAGGCCGUGCGUUAUUCGGAGAAAUCUCGUACCAAAUGUAUUGGCAUCACGAUUGAGACACGACCGGAUUACUGCCUAAAGCGUCACAUAUCGGACAUGCUAAGUUAUGGCUGCACGCGCCUUGAAAUUGGAGUCCAGUCUGUAUACGAAGAUGUGGCCAGGGACACAAAUCGAGGGCACACCGUACGCGCGGUAUGCGAAAGCUUUCAGUUAGGUAAGGAUGCCGGCUACAAGAUUGUGACUCACAUGAUGCCGGAUCUGCCGAAUGUGGACUUCGAGCGCGACAUCGAGCAGUUUAUUGAGUACUUUGAGAACCCCGCCUUCCGUUCGGAUGGCCUGAAAAUCUAUCCCACUCUUGUGAUCCGCGGCACUGGUCUCUAUGAGCUCUGGAAAACGGGCCGUUACAAAUCCUAUCCUCCAUCGAUGUUGGUCGAUUUGGUUGCCAAAAUAUUGGCCUUGGUUCCACCUUGGACUCGUGUAUAUCGUGUCCAACGCGACAUACCGAUGCCAUUAGUCAGUUCUGGCGUGGAGCAUGGAAAUCUUCGAGAGCUUGCACUGGCCCGCAUGAAGGAUCUGGGAACGACGUGUCGCGAUGUGCGUACGCGUGAAGUAGGCAUUCAAGAAAUACACAAUAAGGUUCGUCCUUACGAAAUUGAGUUGAUUCGUCGCGAUUAUGUGGCCAAUGGAGGCUGGGAGACUUUUCUUUCGUACGAAGAUCCUGAACAGGACAUACUUGUGGGUCUAUUGCGCCUGCGCAAAUGCUCGCCGGACACAUUCAGACCCGAACUCAAGGGUGAAUGUUCAAUUGUGCGCGAGCUGCAUGUUUAUGGCUCCGUGGUACCGGUCAAUGCACGAGAUCCAACUAAAUUCCAACACCAGGGUUUUGGUAUGCUGCUGAUGGAGGAGGCCGAGCGAAUAGCAAGGGAGGAGCACGGCAGCCUAAAAUUAGCAGUCAUAUCAGGUGUGGGUACACGAAAUUAUUAUCGGAAGCUGGGCUACGACCAAGAUGGACCAUAUAUGUCAAAGAGCAUAGCUUAAGUCACGAGGACUCAUGUCUUUUACAUAAAACUAUAUACUUACAUUAUAAAACAAUUUUACUUUUUAUUAGAGUUUUUAAAUAGAAGGACAGAGGGUUGAUUUAUGCCUUAUUUACGCCAUGAAA